CCGAAGUGAAAACUGAUUACAAGACUUGCUGUGCAAGGAAACUAAAGAAACAGAGUAAUUAAAAGAGCGCCGGCGACUGCUAGGCUAGCAUUCAUCGGAUUCCAGAGCCAUGGGAGAGAGGAAAGUUCUGAACAAAUAUUAUCCUCCCGAUUUUGACCCUUCGAAGCUCCCGCGACGGCGAUCCAAACCCCAGAAAAAGGUCACGUCGAUGCUUCCGAUUAGAGUACGAUGCAACACCUGCGGCAAUUACAUGGCCGAGGGCACCAAGUUCAACGUCCGGCAGGAAGACGCGAUCGGCGAGAAGUAUCUGGGAGAAAUCCAGAUCAAGAGGUUUUAUCACAAAUGUACGAAUUGCUCCGCCGAAUUCUCGAUCAAAACCGACCCGGAAAACUCCGACUACACCGUUGAGUCCGGCGCGACUCGCGUUUUCCCGCAUCGCCGCCACACGAAGGAGGCAAAUUGGAGCCUGUUGGAGGAUUUGGAGAAGAGGUGUGGCGAUGAGAAAAGAAGGAUGGAUGCUGAGAUGUCGCUUGAAGAGCGGAAAGCGGUGAAUUCGAGACGGGAAGCUGUGGAUUUCGACUCGGUUCUCGAGGGGUUGAAGGCGGCGGAGAAGAAGCGGAGGUUGGAGCAGGAGGAGGAAGACGAGGCCGUUGCGAAAUUCGCAUCUUCCCGCAACAUUGUUCGUAGGAUUUCAGACGAAGAUUUGGAUGAGCUUUCCGGCAGCAGGAAGCUCGUCGCCGCGGCAGAAGCUGCUAGGUGGGGAAAUUCUCGAAGCGAUAAGAAAGCUGGGUGCUUAGGGUCCCAGCAGGUCAGGAUUUCAGUCGUAAAGAAGAAACCUGUGGCUUCUGAAGCUGAGAAGUUUUCAACCAUUGCUGUAUCAGGAACAGAGCCUGAAGCUCUGCAAUCCGCUUUCCAGAUCUACAGUAGCGAUAAUGAUGAUGAUCAUUAGAGAGUUUUGAAGUAUGAAGGUGUCUCGUUAGCUACUACAUUUGUUUGUUAGUGGACUUAUUGCAUUUAUAAGGAAUGUAAUCACGCUGCUAAUCAUCUUCCGAACUUUCGUCUCUUAGUUUUGGCGCGUCAUGUUAUUGAUCGUAAAAAUCCGAAUCUUCGAUUCUAGAUAAACUAUGAUAUAUCUGGAGACUGGAGACUCGAAGACUCGUUCUGUUGUUUUGAGUAAGAACUAGGACGCCCUUUAAGCAAUCCGUUUCUGGCAAAAAAGACAGGAGUUGACA